AUGGACGAGUUUUUGCAUCAAGCUAUUCAUUCAAUUGAAUUCGUCUUGGGUUGUGUCUCUCAUACAGCGUCCUAUCUUCGAUUAUGGGCUCUUAGCCUUGCUCAUGCUCAGUUAUCUGAAGUUCUAUGGGAUAUGGUCCUGAUCCGUGGCUUAUCGGCUGGAGGAAAUCUCAUUACGUCUUACAGCAUGUCUUAUGUGGCACUCAGGAUGAUGAAGGGUUAUGGAACAGCCUGUCUACUGUCUCUGUCCCCGGGAGGACCAGGUAUUCUUCUUCUUUGCCGUGAUGUCGUUAUCGAUCCUAGUGAUUAUGGAAGGAUUGUCGGCAUUUUCUACAUGCGCUCCGACUACAUUGGGUUGAAUUCCAGUCCAAGUUCUAUCCAAGGUGCUGGACAAGCCUUCCGUCCAUACUCGCUGCAAGAAUGCCUAGAAACCGCUCAGCAUUUGUCAGAGGUCACCGAAGACGUGAAAAAUAGCGUA